AGUGUGCAUUAAAGAUAAGGACAAACACUCACACCCACCUGUAAUCAUGCAUGCUUCAUCCAGAGACAUUUUUUAGAGUUUUAUAUAGGGACGCUUCAUCAUCCAGAGAUAUCUUCCUUUAAUUUGUUAUACGAAACCCGUGUGCUCUGCAGCUGCCGCCGCGCUAAACCCGGCCUCCUAAAGUCAAGCUUCCGUGCGUGUAUAAAAACGACCACCUGCUGCAGCUGAGGCUUAUCACUAAGCAAGUGCUAGUCUCUCUCCAAUCCAUUCUCAUCACCGGCCCAGUUUAAAGAUUUAGACUCGCUCACAACCUGGGUUUCUUCUUCAAUGCAACUCAACCCUGCGACUUGAGAUUGUUCUCUGCUGUGGUACUUCCGUACUUGGACAUACAAGAGACAGGCGUGACGAUGGGCUCUCUCAUGGCUGGCUGGGACUCGCCGGUUCUUGGUGACGACAAGAAAGUUCACGCGCGGCGGAACCGGUCGCUGACCAAGGAGGAGGUGGAGGCGUUCUGGAAGCAGCGCCGGAGGUCGGAGGAGGAGAGCCCGUUCGGGAGCUUGGACAAGGCGGCGGGGUCGUCCCCGGGCGGCGGUAGCAGUAGCACCAAGGCCGGCGCGUCGUCGUCCCCGACUCCGAGGGUCCGCGUGGACGGCUUCGGCCACGACGACGGCGGCGCCGCGGACAGCCCCAGCAAGAGCCGGGACUGGUGGACUCGGAGCAGCUGGGCGUUCCUGAACGAGCCGCCCCAGGAGGAGCCGCCCUCCGGCAGGGCGCACAGCUACGCUCCGCAGUUCCACGUCGUCGCCACCAGCUGCGACGCCUCUCUCUCUCAUUAGCUAGUGAGGACCAACCCGCACAUGCACCAGCGCCUAGCGGUUUCCGCCACACUAGUAUAUACUUAGUAUGUUCUGCUGAUGUGCACAUAUGUAUACGGGACCGUAUGCAUGCGUAUUAUGUUUACCCGUUAUUUUUUUGGGCCUAUUAAUUAUGUAUGUAGCAGUCUAGCAUAUGCGGCGAGCGAGAUCCUAGUGUUGGUGAAAAUCGUGCUGCUUAUCGUUUGUGCAUCCUUUAAGUACGGGAGAUUUUCCAAUGUGUACUCUAAAACACAUCUGUAUAAGUUUGCUGAAAGAAAGAAUAAGUAGUUUGCUCAUUGGUGCAA